UGCUCAGAGCUCUGGGGCCAAGCUGCCUGUAUGCGUGACGCGUGUCGAGCAAGCGCAAAGCAAAAAUCAUCCUCCAAGGCGCCGUCCCAGCCUGCUUGCAAAACGGGGAUGCGCGGCUCGCUCUAGACCUUCUCCAUGGCUCAUCUGCAAGCCCAAUACACUAAAGCUUUACUCAGGCGUUUAGGAUAUGCUGAGCAAAGCCACUGUCCGGAGCAUAAGUGGGCAUCAGCUAGACAAGUACCUGGAAGGAAAUCCAUCUUCUCUCCUUUGACCAAGCAAGGUGAACCUGCCAAAGAGGAUGCAGACGCUCAAAGAAACGCGUCCGAAUCACAGCUGGAAAGUGAAAAACUGGCGCUCAGGAUGCAAAGCGUGCUGGACUAUGUCAGCAACUGUGGACUGAGUACCAGCAAGGAAAUGGAGGCCUUGGACCUACAGGGCUUUCCCAGAGCAGGUUCAGGGCUCUCCAGAACAAGCCACUUGAGCAGAGAUGAAGCGACAGAGGCCAGCCAAGGCCAGUAUCAGUCUCCACCCACAGGCACCUUCCUGGAGACAGAGGGUUUGAAUGUGGAAGGUGCUUCUUUGGGGGGAGCAGGGGCCCAGGAGAGGGGGCCUAAGGAGGGGCCCCUUGAGCCACAACUAGUGGCUCAGGGUCGGGAGGACAACGUGGGUGUCAUCAUCACUCCAUCUGAACCUAUCGCAGACUCUGUCAACAUAGCCAGAAAGUCCCUUUCCACCUCCAAGGUAAACUCCAAGGGGGCUUUAGUGGGUGCCAAGCGAAACAAGAAAGGCAAGGCCAGAACACAGAAAGGUAAUCAGCACCCGAAUGGACCUCCAUCGGCAGAUGCAGGUGUUUCUAACUUAACCAAAGGGGAAUCGAUGAACAAAGCCAACCUAAAACAAUCACCACGAAUGAACCAUCAAGAGGAAAAGAAGCCAGAAGAACCCUCUGGAUCGGGGCCGUUCUUCUACAUCGGGGGAGCCAAUGGAUUCGACAUAGUGAAUGUCUACUGCGAGAACAAAGGGUGGCAGCGUAUCUAUGACAACCGGAGGGUGGAUUACACCCUGAAGUGGUGUGAGACCAAGCAUCGGGAAGACUACUGCAACUUCAGGGAAGGUCAACAGCUGCUUUAUCAGAUCCCAAACAACAGGGUCCUCACCACAAAGAUUGGACUUCUGGUGAACCUCCGAGAGUACGAGCGGGUGAUGAUGAAGAUCUCCAAGAACGGAAAGUUAUUGAAAAUGGAGGACUUCUUCCCCGAGACGUUCCGCCUGGACAUGAAAGACGAGAGAGAAGUCUUCUUUGAAAUUUACAGAGAGCCUCAUAUAUGGAUCUGCAAGCCCACCUGCUUGAACCAAGGCCGGGGGAUUUUCCUCCUGAAGAACCAAGAGCAGGUCAAACGUUUUCAACUUGAGCUGCAGAAUGUUGUAGACGAUCCUGCAUAUAGGAAAGUGCCUCACAGAAGCCCCGGGGCAAGGAUCCUGCAAAGGUAUAUUGACAGGCCGCUGCUGAUCGAGGGAAAGAAGUUCGACGUCCGGUCUUACCUUCUCAUCGCCUGCACGGUGCCAUACAUGCUGUUCUUUGGCCAUGGGUAUGCCCGGCUUACAUGCCUCAACUACAACCCUAUGUCAGACGACAUCACUUCUCACCUGACCAACCAGUGCGUGCAGAAAAAGAACCCCAUCUACAACAACGUCAAAGAGGAGACCGUGUGGCGGAUGGAACGCUUCAAUGCCUAUGUCAACGAGCGCUUCCGGCACAUCAAAGGGCUCCCCAAAGACUGGGUCUUGAACAACUUUACUAGGAGAAUGAAGGAAAUCAUGUUGCACUGCUUCCUGGCUGUGAAGUCCAAGCUGGAGUGCAAGCUGGGCUACUUCGAUCUGAUCGGCUGCGAUUUCUUGAUCGAUGAAGAAUUUAAGGUGUGGCUCUUGGAGAUGAACUCGAACCCUGCUUUGCAUACCAACUGCGGUACUUUGAAGAGUAUCAUUCCUACAGUGGUGAAUGAAACUCUGGAUCUGGCGAUUGAGAUCUUCACCAAGAGCCAGAAGUCUCAGCCGAUCUUUCCCUUGGAGUCGCCGUGUCACUUUGUGCUGAUCUAUAACGGGGUGGCGUCUGAUAACAGAGUCCCUCGGCCCACCAAGAGCAGGACUUCCCUCCAUUCUCUGCACAGCCCUCGGGAGGGCAAUGCCAAUGCUACGAGUGCCCCCAGCUCCAGCAGCAGCAGCGGCACCAGCAGCAGCAGGGUGGUAGACAAGCAGCCACCCAAGCCUUUGGAGAAACUCCCCAAGAUGGAACCGCCCGGCCCUCCUGACGUGAUCUCCCUUCUGCCUAACAAGGCAGCCACUCGAGAUAUUUUACCUGUACCUCAGAUUCAAAUAUCCAUAGUUCCCGACCUUGCCAACUGCCCUUCAGUGAAAGCCGUCCUCCGGGCCAAAGAAGUCUGUAGCCAUGGGAACCAGUACAUCAUCAAAAAUGUACCAGAGUCAGAUGGGCCUCAUACAGGGUCGUGCAAGGCCCAUAGUAGUGAUAAUAAGGCCAAAAAUAAUCCCACAGUCGCUGUUGCCACCGCUUCCAAAGACAGGUCUUAUAGUUCGUGGUUGCAGCAAACCUUCGCGACCAAAUAUUCAUCAUCGGGCGGCAACCUGGCAAGCAUGCCCUUGACCAGCUCUCAGAUGGUCUCCCUCCAUCUCCAGUCCAACAUCCCCCCAAACAUUCCCGUAAUCCAAGAACACGCCAGUCUCCCCUACCAGCCCGUGACUCAAGCCAAGCCACCAAUGGACAGCAAGAAGGCCGUAGCAAGAACCAGCAGUUGCAACGAUUCGCUCCCAGAAGAUACAAAGGCCUCGCACCGUGGCUCCUAACUCACUUGAGUAUUUCCAAAGCCCUGGCUCUUUUUCCUAUAAAGGACAACAAACAAAAUGAAAAA